UUACCACUGGAAAGACAAAAGUCCGAGCUCAAAGCAAACGAGACAAGGAGGGAAGGGAACCACUGCCAAGAGGCGCUACUCACGCAACUGGGAACUUGGCUGUAGAGAGGGCAAUGGCACUCCACUUGUCUUCUUCUUCUUCACUUGUGCAGUCUCUUCGUAUCAGUUUUCUCAGAGGCUCUCGUCUUUCCUCUAUACUUCAGAACAGAAGAAGGGGCCAAAGCAUUUGUUUUGAGAGAAAAAACUGUAAUCUUUCCUCUUUAGUGGAAGUUUCCGACUUUGAGUGUGAUGAACUCCAAGAUGAUGCCGUAGCAACAGAAAAGGCUACCGCAUUGCGUUCAGCUCUCACACAGCUUGCCGAUGAAUUUGGUAAAGAGUCUAAAUUAUCUCUGCAGAGGUUUUUCAAUUCUCGGCAUGCUCCUGUGAUAUCUACAGGCUCCUUAAAACUUGAUCUAGCACUUGGGAUUGGAGGAUUACCAAAGGGAAGAAUAGUUGAAAUUUAUGGGAAAGAAGCUUCUGGAAAGACAACAUUAGCUCUUCAUAUUAUAAUGGAAGCUCAAAAGCUUGGAGGAUGUUGCACAUAUCUGGAUGUGGAGAAUGCAUUCGACCCUUUUCUUGCGGAAUCCAUGGGUGUAGACACAGAAAAUCUUCUUAUUGCACGCCCAAGUUCUGCUGAAAAUUUGCUGAGUGUGGUUGAUACGCUGACCAAAAGUGGAUCUGCGGAUGUAAUUGUAGUUGAUAGUGUUGCUGCCCUAGUCCCUCAGUAUGAACUUGAUAAUUCAAUAGGUUACCGUAAUGGAGAUGUACACUCGCGAAUAAUGACCCAGGCACUUCGUAAAAUUCAUUCUUCACUAUGUCGCUCUCAAACUCUUAUUGUUUUUGUUAAUCAGGUUAGAUCAAAACCUCGUCAAAAUUUUGGAAGUUUAGAGGUCACUUCUGGCGGAAAUGCCUUGAAAUUUUAUUCAGCCGUGCGAUUGAGAAUGAUUCGGACGGGAUUGCUCAAGACGGAGGAAACGAUAAGUGGUCUAGGAAUUUGCGUGGAAGUCGUGAAGAAUAAACUGGCACCUGCAAUGAAAAAGGCUGAACUGAAAUUAGCGUUCGGGAAAGGCUUUUGCGGUGCAUCUGAGGUCUUGGAUUUGGCUUCUGAACAUGGAAUCAUAGGGAAAGAAGGAAGUAAGUUUCUCAUCGACGGAGAAUUUUUCAGUGAUACACUUGCAGCUGAGCAGUACCUGACGGAAAACAGUUGCGUUCUUGAUAACAUUGUUAUACAAGUACGGAGAAAGUUGUUCGAAAGAAAUGCACACAAAUGGACUGAGUUUUAGUUCUUCAAUUCUCCGAGCUUCUGCAAAAGCUUGAUAGUUUCCAAACAAGCCGACACGACGCAGAAACAACAUUGGACAAUGAUGGUGGAUGAUAUGAGAGAAUCAAUGGUGAGAUUUGAAGUUCUAGUGUUGUAGUAGCCAUUUGGUUCAAUUAGUAAACAGAGCAGUGAGAUGGAUGAACCAUUGAAUUGCAUGUUUCAAUUAGGGAAUUUGUGCUUGAAGCUCAAAACUUCCUGUGUAGUUUAGUGUUGCUUACUUGAUCAUAAAACCAGAACCUUGUAAUUUUAUUGAUUUAGUAACAAUUACUAGUUUUGUAAUAAGAUUUAUGGUCGAAAAUUGGUAAA